AUGUCAUUGUUGAAAGUAACAAUUAACAAUAAUGGAGUUGAAAUUGCAAAUGAAGAAUACCAGUAUUAGAAUAUAGUGCAAUUGAUGGAUGAGUUGAAGAAGGCACACGGAAUGAUUCAGGAGAAGACGAAGGACAUAAAUUAUUCAAUAGUAGAUACUUAGGGAGCUGAAGGUGUGAAGAAGGUCAAGAAGAACCCAGAGGAAGAAGAAGAAGAUGAUAUUUAAGACAAUGAAUGA